UUCUUUAAAAUGAUUGUGGAAGACGAAAGAAGAACACAAAUUUCUGCAGCAAAUUUACGAAUUCCUCCCUAUGGAAUACUUGAAGAACAACCAACCUCUCCUGAUUACCACGCUUCGAACGCUUUAAAUUUGGAAAGUGUUGGAAAUAAUUCGGUUAUUAUUGAAAGGAAUAAAGCAAAUAAUACAAAUAAUUGUGUUCAAUCGACAGAUUUUGAUUCAAUAAUGCCAAAAGCACCCAAUGGAUUGUCAACAUUUUCGGGUGUCUUCGCUCCUGUUACAAUUUCAAUGUUUUCUGCAUUGCUUUUUCUUCGAAUGGGCUUUUCUGCUGGUCAACUUGGAUUUGUUUUAACUGUUGUGGAAUUGUUUAUGGCUUAUGGUAUAAUUUUGUUAACUGUCCUUUCUCUUUGUGCUGUUUCUUCUAAUGGAGCUGUUGAGGGUGGAGGAGUUUAUUAUAUGAUAAGUAGAACUCUUGGCCCAGAAUUUGGAGGAAGUGUUGGUCUUCUAUUUUUUAUGGCAAAUGUAUUUUCUUGUGCUCUAUAUAUUGCUGGAUUUACUGAAGCUUUAACUAAUGUUACAGGAAUUGGAGACAUGUUUGGCGGAAAAUUUAUUCAUUGUGUUUUUGUCAGCAUAAUUAUUUUAAUGUUGUGUUUGUUAGGGUCUGAUUGGUUUGCUAGAACUGCUUUGUUGGCUCUUUUCUUAAUUGUUUUGGCUUUUUGCUCUUUUUUAUUUACGAUCUUUGUUCGUUCUCCAAGCGAAAUCCGAAUACCUUUCGACAACACAUAUGCUUAUAUGGUACCUAAAAAUGCUACAGAUCCAGCAAGUGAAUUAAUUGUUCAAUUAAAUCAGACAAUAACGGCACAAUACACUUCUUUUAGGUUUUUUGGAUUAAUUUUUAAAUUUAAAGUUUUUCAGUGUUUCAACAUUUACUGAAA